UUACCAGCACGGUGACCGAAUUUGGUUCUCACAGAGUGGAACCGGGACAUGGUCUGAAAGGCACAGAGAGGCUGGUGCGGGGAAACUGGGACUGGAAGCAGAGCCGGACACAGAACCUGUGGAGUUUUGUUUGGGUGUGUGGGUCCUGCUGUUCCGGCUGCUGGAGCUGCCAACGCUUUGCAGAUCUCUGGGUGCAAAGCACAGAGCCGGAGCCGCGGGAAUCAACAGUUCCCAGCAUGAAACCACCAGGAAAGAGCCUGAUCGGGAGGAGCUGCCGGAAUCCCAUGCAAUUACUGGGUUAAAACCAACAGCCUCGGGAUCUGGGGGGACCGGAGUCUGGAUGUGAUCGCCUGUUUUUUUUAUAUCUCUAGAACUGGCUGGAGCUGUAUUCGCUCAGGCUGUUGGUAGGCGGUGUCCUCUCCCCACACUGUUGCCAUCUGGCGAUUCCUGGAUUUCUCUUCUCAUCAAACUUAGUGGCGAAGUAUAAAGACGAUUGAGUACAGACUGGGUGAGACUGUGCGCACACUCACUGAAGAAAUAACGGCUGCGAUAAAACCAGAUAUUUUUGACGUGUUUCAUUUCUCUAUAAAUGGAUGGUCUGAUUGGAGUGGUGUUGUCCAACUCUCGACCACGCAGCUACACCUUGGACUUGGUCGGUAAAAGCAUUUGUGGGCUGAGACGCCAAGAAUCGUGAUGGAAUUUUCUACGUGAAAAGCCAGGACUGUCUUCUCAUCUGCCACAAGGCUUCAUCGUUCUCUCAGAUCCAGCCUGCAACGUUGCAUACAGAAGCUCUGGGAGCCUGGGAGCGUGUGGUCUAUUUCAGCAGUUUGUGGCAUUACCUACACUCCAUAGAGGGUGUAACAGCUUGAUCGCUGAUGUGACCUUGGCAGUCUGAUGACAAGUACAGGAUCUCCUCUUCACGUUUUGAAGAGCUAAUUAGUAAUCCAGCACAGAAAGACCAGGCGAUGAAUGAUGCUGCCACAAUGAAUGACAUGUCUACAGUAGAUGAUGAACUGUUGGCUUCAACAUCCAUGUAUCUUGGUGGAGACUCCACUUACUCAGUCCCAAUGGGGGCUGAGCAAAAAACCGUAUUUGCGUUUGUUAUUUUCUUACUGGUUUUCCUGAUAAUUCUGGUGGUCCGAUGUUUUCGGAUAUUGUUGGACCCCUAUAGCAGGAUGCCUGCUUCUUCAUGGUCUGACGGCAAAGAUGGGCUGGAGAGGGGGCAGUUUGACUAUGCCUUGGUGUGAAGUCAAGAGUGAGAUGCUGUAAACUUUGCUCUGCUCUGCUGCUGAUUUUGCCUUUCUGUUUUAUUUUAACAAAUCAUGUUCUCCUUUGUAUUUUUAAGGGGCAUUCUUCUAGGAUGUACAGUCUCUUUCUGAGCUUGCUGGUGGUGUUUCAAAACACUGUAGAUGUGCUGCCUGUUAUUCAGUGAGUUACAUUGUUAUGUCAGCUCAUGACUUGGCAGAGUCCCCAUCUCCCAGUUCCUGAAUAUGGAGCUGCUGGGGCUGCCAGGCAAACUGAUGCCUGUGCUCCUUUAUUAGCUGUAGUCCACAAUCUUGUCAUUGUUUUCAGCUCACGUCAAUGAUGAUUGACCCUCCUGGUCUCAAGAGAGAAUUGCAGUUACUUGGAGCAGGGCAUAGGGUGUGGUUACCGACAAACCAGAAUGGUGUUUCUGAUUGCAAAAUGAGCAGAGAAAUAGAGAACCAAACUGGAGAGUGAGAGUGUGUAAGGGAGAGGGAGUGAGAGAGAGGGGGAGUGAAAGAGACAAACAGCUGUUUCAUUUCAGGACUGAGCUCCAAGUCUAGGAAAUAAGCAAAUUAUGCCAAGUUCUUUGAACACAUGGGUGGUCUAAAAGGUUUACAAGAGCUCCACUAGCUCUCUCAGUUAAUGCAAUUAGUAUUAUUUGAACAGACUGCUGCAUUUUCACUCUUUAAAAGCUCCUUUGAUUACUCAGUUGUGGCACAUGUUGGUUCUUCUAUAUGCUACAAAGCAUUAGCAGAGCUACCCUAGAAUUUUCAGGCAGAGGGACCGAGUUUCCAAGGUUACCUGAUCUUCCUGAGAAAACUUGGUAAUGAAUUGGUGACAUUUCUAGUUAAGCUGGAAGGAAAUAGGCCUAAUAUACAUACAACCUAUCUUGGUUAAUUACACCCUUAUGAUUCUCAGUACUGAUUAGAAGUAUAUUGUCCUUGUGUAAGCGGGAAUGAAUCACACAGACUUACAUAGGUCACUUAUUAAAAUAAAGCCUCAGAGACCUGAAGCAAACUGCAGUAUGCAUGCAUGCACACAACCUCUUUUUAAAGCUAACUUGAAUUUCAUCAGAUAUAUUUACUUAGAUCCUGGGCUUUACAGAACACAAAUCAAAUAAAUUUUAAAAAUACAAAAGUCCCAUAACUAGGAUCGAUCACUAAGGCAAAAUAGGGCUUCCCUUGGAUAGGUUUGAAGGGAAUGUUUAACCAAACAAAAUGAGUACUCGUGGCUGUAUAAAUUGUUUCUUGGUGUGUGCUUUUUGCAUACUACAUUUGUUGGGUGCUAAUUGGUCCCAAAGUGGUCUCCAAUGUGUGGGUGAAGGUUUGUGAUCUAAGAAACACCAGAUGGGUCCAAUUAUCACAAAAGGCAGCAUAUAAAUAAGGUUCUUUUGGUAGGUUGAAGCUAAAUGGAUACAUACACCACAAAACCUUCCACAGUCCAGUUUUUCUGGAAGAAUAGUUAGUCCCACUCCAGAUGUGACACUAACCCUUUCCUAAAGAGUAGGGAUGCUGUCCUUGACUCUGAGAUAGAGUCAUAGAGUUAUAUAGCGUGGAAACAGGCCCUCAACCCAACUCAUCCUUGCUGACUAAAGUGCCUUCCUGCGCUAGUGCCAUUUGGCUGCACUUGGCCCUUAUCCCUCGAAACAUUUCCUAUCCAUGUACCUGUCCAAAUGUCUCUUAAACAUUGUAAUUGUACCCGCCUCUAUCACUUCCUCUAGCAGCUUCUGGAUCAUGGUAUCAGCUAGAAUACAACGUUAAUUUGGAGGUCCGUGUUACACUCCCUCUUAACCUGGAAUACAGCAAAACUCCAAUAACCCAGCACCCAUGGGAUUUUGGUAGUUCCAGACCAGCAGAUUUCUGGACUGGUUGAUGUUCCUCUUAUUAAUACCCAAACACACUUAUUCUCUCUUUUUUCCAGAUGUUACAAGUAGUAAAAUAAAUAUUCCAGUGAACCAGAUGAGUUUAACAGGAGAGGGAAGUAUACAAGCACUCCGGACAUGGCUCUGACCCCUAGAGUACUAGACCCCAACCCUGGCUCUGGCCCACAUUCCAGACUCCUGGUUCUGGCCCUACACCCUGCUUGUACCCUGGACUCCCCGACUCACAUUCCGGAUGAAUUACUGAGUCAGAUGUUGGAGGAGCGUUCAGCAGCAAGGACGUGCUAUAUGUAAUAUCAAUCUAUGGACAAUAAUUGUUGCUUUAAUGCUGUUGCACUUUUAAGGAUUGUAUUCUGUGACUGACUGCUUUUUGGUGUUGCUACAGUGUUGGUGUAGAAAGUUCCAGCAGCAGUCUGUUUUGAAGAAAGCCAACUGGCAAUAUACGCAUGCUGUCUAGCAAUGAUAGCUCCUUUGUUAAUAAAGUACCUUCUUUGGUAUUUUAAAUUGUCAACUGUUUCCAUUUUCUGAGGGACUGAAUAAGGGAGAUACUGAGACAUAGUACCAGAAGUGCGGGUUGAUAGAACUGGUAAAUUGGUUUAUUACUUUCGCGUGUACCGAGGUACAGUGAAAAUCUUGUCUUGUAUACCGUCCCUACAGAUCAAUUCAUUACAACAGUGCAUUGAGGUAGUACAAAGUAAAAACAAUAACAGAGUGCAGAAUAAAGUGUUACAGUACAGAGAAAGUGCAGUGCAGGUAGACAGUAAGGAGCAAGUUCACAAGAAGAUUCUGAGGUCAAGAGUCCAUCUUAUCGUACUAGGGAACCAUUCAAUAGUCUUAUAACAGCAGGAUAGAAGCUGUCCUUGAGCUUGGUGGUAUGUACUUUCAGGCUUUUGUAUCUCCUGCCCGAUGGGAGGGGGGGAGAAGAGAGAAUGUCUGGGGUGGGUGGGAUCUUUGAUUAUUCUGGCGGCUUUACUGAGGCAGCAAGAAGUGUAGACAGUCCAUGGAGUGGAGGCUGGUUUCUGUGAUGUGCUGGGCUGUGUCCACAACUCUCUGCAAUUUCCUGUGGUCAUGGGCAGAGCAGUUGCCAUACCAAGCCUUGAUGCAUCCAGAUAGGAUGCUUACUGUGGUGCAUCGAUAAAAAUUGGUGAGAGUCAAAGGGGACAUGCCAAACUUCUUUAGCCUCCUGAGGAAGUAGUGGCACUGGUGAGCCUUCUUAGCCGUGGUGUUAACGUGGUUGGACAGGACAGGCUUGGUGAUGUUCACUCCUCGGAACUUGAAACUCUCAACCCUCUCAACUACUGUUGAUGUAAACAGGAGCAUGUGCACCACCCCCCUUCCUGAAGUCAAUAACCAGCUCUGUUGUUUGCUGACAUUAAGGGAAAGGUUGAAUUAUGAAAUUUAGAUGUCAUGUUCAAAUUAGGAUAUUGGAUGACUGGUGUGACACCUCCCAAGUGAGAUAGUGUAGGCAUAUGCUGAAAGAUAGAGAGUUGUAUCACUGAAUGGAGAAUUUCUGUGAUGGAACAAAUGGAGCUUCCUGAACUGCUGGAUAAAAAGGCAUGUAAUUUGUAUAAAAAAUGGAGAUUGAAAGAAAGUGUUUACAGUUUAUUGAACUGGCUAUGGUAAAUAAACCAGGACAGACAAGAGUAAAAAUGUUAUUUGUUACUUAAUGGUCACGUGCAGAGAAAAUUGCACUGUAUCAUAAAGUCUGCAAAUAAGAUCCUGAGGAAUGCUUCAGGAAUGUUACAAGCACAUUGCAAACUGCCUAGAAAUGAAACGGUUGACUUUUACCAGUUCUUGCAACCUGGAGCAGGAGGAAGGUUUGAUAUUUUCAUCACGGAGGAAAGAUUAAUAGCAGAUAAUUGCCGUUUUACAGAUUGGAAGGACUCGUUCACAAGAGAUUAGGUUAUUUAUGGAAUCCAGGAAUCAACCUUGAAGGAACAGUUAUUAUGUGAGAUAGAGUUCACUCCAGAAAAGUAAAUGCAGAUAUCCAAAGGUAGGCUACAAAUGUUGGAUGGCCAACAGCAGGAAGUAUACACAGUGAAGAGAGAGAUGAAAUCUCAAGAAACACCAUUAACCAAAGCUGAAAGCCCUUAUAUUCAGGUGCAGGGGAAAGCAAAAAUUUGAAUAGGCAAAAAUUGAAGUUCUGAGUGGAAGAAGUCUCCUUUAGGGAUCAUUGACCACCAGAGAUGGUCUGAAGUUAGAUCCAGUAAAAGAUAAGUGAAGGAGAUGCUGAGGCCAACACAUGGCUCUCUGAACAGGUCACCUCUGAGUGGAUGUUAGCACUAAACGCAACCAUGUUUCAAAAAUGGGGGCAGUCCAAUUUCUGGGGAAAAGUGAAGACGUUAAAGGAUAUAGCAAGAUAUAGAUCAGUUGGAAAUGUGGGGGAGAAUUAGCAGAUACAGCUUAAUCCAGUCAAGCGUGAGGUGAUACAUCUUGGAAGGUCAAAUGCAAGAGGAAAAUAUACAGUAAAUGGCAGGACCCUCAGGAGCAUUGACGUACUGGGGGAUUUUGGGAUAAAAGUCCAUAGCUCCCUGAAAAUGGCAACACAACUGGAUAGGGUGGUAAAGAAGGUGUACUGCAUGCUUGCUUUCGACAGUUGGGGCAUUGAGUAUAAAAGUCGGGAAAUCAUGUUGCAGCUGUAUAAAACUUUAGUUAGGUCGCAUUUGGAGUAUUAUUUGCAGUUCUUCACUAUAAGAAGGAUGUGGAGGCUCUUGAGAGGGUGCCAAAGACGUUUACCAGAAUAUUACUUGGAUUAGAGAGUAUUAACUAUAAGGAGAGUUGGACAAACUUGGACUGUUUUUUCUGGAGCAUUGGAGGCUGAAGGGCAACCUGACAGAAGUUUAUCAAAUUAUGAGAGGCGUAGAUAGGAUAAGUGGUCAGAAUCUUUUUUCCCAAAUAUCAAAUACUAGAGAGCAUAGGUUAAAGAUGAGAGGGAGAGCGGUUAACAGAGAUGUUAAGGCAAGUUUUUUUUACACGGAGUGUUAGGUACAUGGAACACACUGGCAGGGGAGGUGGUAGAAGCAGAUACCACAGCAAUGUUUAAGAGACAUUUAGACAGACACACGAACAGGCGGGAAUAGAGGGAUAUGGACCAUGUGAAGGCAGAUGGGAUUAGUUAGAUUGGCAUUGUGGUCGGUGCAGACAUAGUGGGUCAAAGGGCCAGUUCCUGUGCUGUGUUGUUCUAAGUUCUAUGUUGCCCGCAUAAGACUAACUACAGAUGUGGCAAAAGGCAUUGGUGACGACACAAACCACACCCCAGAUUGUAUGGCAUCAUAAGGGGUUACUGUGUCUUAUAUUGAGGAAACAGCUGACAACUUAGAGAGACCACUGAAGAAGCUUGUUGGACUGAAGCAGAUAUGGAGACACAAGGAUGUACUACUAGUCCUCAGAGUGCGAACAUCACCACAACCAGUUAGGGCCAAAGUGGGAAGGAUAGUCUGUUGACCCAAGUAUCUCAUGGACUUUGCGUCAAACGUAUGCAGAACUGAAAGGUCAGUUGGAUAUUUUGAUUUUUUUUGCUAAAGGAGGGGUGUAAAAUAUGUGAAAUGUGUAGUAUGGUGCAUGGAGUGAAAUUGUAACUUUAAUGCUCUCACCCCUUUAAGGAUCGUUUCAUGUGACCAGCUGCUCUCUGAUGGUCUGGUAGUGUUUGGUGUAGAAAGUUCUAGAGGUGUUCCAGAGGCAGUAUGUUGGAUCAAUGUGAGGGUAAGCUUGUUGUUUGUCGGUGCGAGGAUUUUCAUUUAUAAAGUACCUUUGUUCAUGUUUUAAAUGACCAACUAUUUCCAAUAUCUGAGCGACUGAAGGGAAAAACGGAAGCAGGAAAAGCCCCACCAAUCCUGACCCAGUGGUCAUCAGCCACCUGCAGUUUGAUGUGGUUCUGCAAGUGUUUGCUGCUUCCUGGACUCCGUAAAGUUGCCAAAGUCUGCAGGAGAUGGUGAUCAGUGAGGUAAAGCUGCCUCCUGACGGGGUGGGUACAGGUAGGAAAUUCCAUGGGAGAUGUCAUGACUGGGAGAAUGAACAGAGGAGCUGCAGAGCAGGGUAAGCAGCCAGGGAAGGGUGGAGGAGCCUCCACUUCCCAGGGUUUUCAGGGAACAGUUCUUCUAACUGAUCCUCAGUGAGGAAUAAAUAGCAUCUGAGACAUCAACACUUCAAAGAUGUCCUCACUGAAGCCUCCCCCCUUCUCCAGUCACAAUUCCAAUCUCAAAACCGGGUGAGGACUGUGGCUGGUACAUUGACUGUAGCCACCAUGUUUUCAGGCUGGAACGGGAGCCAUUUGCCAGGUCUCACAGUUUGCCGUUCCCUGUUUCACAGGAAGGUCACACAUGCUCGUUAUGGAAAGAGACGACUACAUUCCACCCUUCCUUCCCAGUGAGCCGAUGCUUGUGUGGAUUGGGGGUUUCCCCUGGUGCAGAAAGCAUAGAGGAGCCACUGGUUGUGUGUGAGAGGUGCGGCAAGCAAGGGCAAAGUAGACCCUUAGCAUCUGGCUGGUGUUUGACCACGGGGAAUUAAUCUUGGAUGUCAAAUGCCCUCAUUAUCAUACAUCUAGAUUUGAACUGUGGCAAUGAACCCAAGGGUGACUGCUGAUACUCCCAUCAUUGAAGUGUAACAGCCUAGAGUAGAUACUGAAAAAUUCUCGCUGCCACACAUCUGCUUUCCUUUCAGAGGUGGAAGUUGACUAUAAAUGAAACUUGGCCACUCAUCCCUUUGAAUUCAGUCCCCACCCCCAUUUGCCCCAUGAAUUUAAGCCUUGCAGUGUGGAAUACAAUCAUUUUGUUAUGACUCUCACAUCUGUACUAAAUACAUGUUUCAACAUCCAGGUAACACCACCUUACUUCUGUAAGGGCCUUAUCCAAUGAUUUGCAUUGAUUAAGCAUUACUUAAUUUUAUAUCCUGUAGUCUUGUUUAUAAAUAAUCCCUUCGACCAUUUUUAAGGAUAUCAAAACUGGACUUGAUUUUCCUCCUUAUCAUUUAAAGCAUAUUCCUCAAAAUCUAUAACCCCAUCUUCCUCCAGGCUGAAUUUCUCCAAUUAGGUCCAUUUGCUACACUCCUCUAGUUGCUUACACUCCAGCUCAUUGUUAACCAUGUCCACCUGCAACUUUUGAUAUUAUGCCUUGAAAACACAACUCCAGAACAUUUCAGAGGAGCCUUCAAACCCAACACUGGCCACUAAACAACCUCCAGUAAUGAGUUUUUUGUCCCUUAACACAUCCUCCUUAAUUCCACGUGCAUUAAUUUCAUCAAUGUCUCCUGUGGGGCACAUCAGACCAAGUUGCAGUGCAGAUAGAUGGAGUGAAAAUCUCCUCUGCCCCUGAGCGUGACAUCAAGUGGAAUCUGGAACGAGAUCGAUGUGGUCCAUUGUUUAAAACACACAAUUGCAUGAAAAAGUGACAGCAAGAACCUACUGAUCCAAUCAGAAUAUCCCACAUACUUGCAAUACCUUGUACACAUACUCCCUACUAACUCAGUGUCAUCGAAGAGGAGAACAGCUGGUAUAAUAACCAAGGUCGUUUUGGGAGAACAGAAUGGACAUUUUUCUCCUAGUUCCUUAGGCAAUUGUAAGGGAGACUAGCUGAUAAUCUCAGUGUCACUUUCUGUACAGUUAAGAUUCCAGUACUCUCUAGGCUGGACUUCAGGACCAAGAACAAUAUUAACAUAAUGUACAGUGUUGAAUUGCUCUUCUCUACAUUGGAACAUGCCUUGCACCCAUUAGCAAAUGACACAGCUUUCAAAUUCAUUUUUAGAUUGAGCAGACUUAUUAAAAGUACUGCUUGGGAUCUGUUCUGGGCUGUUACAGUGCAUUAAUGUCUGUUUCUGGGCAAUUGGAUUCCUUGAUUUGAAUUUAUUGAUUUCAUUUUGUACCUAAGCAAUUGAGUUGCAUGAAAUCAAUAAGCAUUAGGUGCUUCUGAAAAGGGAAAUUGUUCACAUGGUUAAACUAAUUAAGAGCAGAAAGGAGAGUAUCCAGCCUCCUUCCCUACGGAAAAAUCCAUUCUUCAGGGAUGAUCAGGUGUAGUGACAAUGAUGGGAGUGUCGGCAAGGCUCUGGGAUACUCCCUGAUAAUUUAGUCUGAGAUUGACGUAGGUCCCAGCUGAGAUUUGACACAAUUCUUGUCAAAUGUGUAAUUUGUUCAAAUCCCAUUGUCUCAUUAACAUUGCUUGCAAUCUGCUCUUUAAAGUUUUAUGGAUUAUUCUGGGUGAAGGGUGAAAUGGGUGCUGCACUAACCCUGUUUCAAGAACUGGAUCCAGCUCACAGCUUUGGUUCUCAUUGCUGAUUUCCAUGAUCUGAAUGAGCCUGAAAGUUUGAACUGUUCAUUAGCCACACAUUUUGAAGAGUGGUGUGCAUGGGCGCCUGUUCCGUGCAAUGUAUGUAGUGUGUACAUGAUGCAAGAUGGCACUGGAAGAGCAUACAUGUCCUUAGGUAGGGGAGUGGAAGUCUGGUGGAGGAGGUCUAGAAGAGGAGGAAUAUUCUUCACCAAUGGGGGCAAGAACACUCUCUCAUCCUUGUCCAUCUCUCUUGGAGCAGUCGCUGCUGAUCUGCAUAGCCUCACGUCCUUCUAACAGAGCAAGGAGGACCUCAAGAUUCUGAUGAUCUAGCACUCCCUUUCUCCCAGUGACUCUAAUAAGGUGUCCAAUAAGAUGAAGUAGCACAGCACUUACUUUUUUUUAAGGUGAGCGCUCAGAGAAUUUACAGAAUGUUGCUCCAUGUAUUGGCAAGAUGACCCAGAAAGUCACCCAAUGUGUUCCAACUUCCCCUUCUGAGCUCAUGUGAAAUGAGGAACAUUCCUUCACAGAGGGAGCAUUAGCUCAAGGAUUCCGUUCCAAAACACUGUGUGGCCUUCUUAAUGAAUAUUUGCAGGCAAUUUAAGCGAGUGCCUUAGUGAGCCUUUGGGUGGCUCUUCCUAAUACAACAUUCAACUUCUUUCCCUUCAUCGGGUCUUGUGUUAAAUGUGGGCUAAACCAUUUCGAAGGCUUUUUGAUGCCCGAACACACUGCCAAAAAUCACUGCCAAGUUGUUUGUUUGAUACAUGUUGCUAGAACAAUCUGCUGGUCAUAAGCAUUGAUCUCCCAGAGAAUGGGCAAUGCCAUUUUAGAACAUGGUGUUGGGUAAGAACAAAAGGCUCAGACUGUUAUCAGUCAGUGACAUGUUAAUCUGGUAUUUAGUUUGAUGUAACUAAUUUCUUCAUCUUUAAAAGCCUGUGAUUUGAAAGUGAACUUUCUUCAUAUAAAACCCCAUACAUAAUACAACACCAACCCUACCAUUAAUUCUAAUUCCAGCAACAACCUAAACUUUACUCAUAACCAAACUGUAUCCUUAGUCUCACCCCUGCCUCUACUGAAAACCUCAUUGAUAGUCCUAAUCCUGUUUCCAGACUAACCUCAUCUGUGGUGCAGCUCAUAUCCAAUAUUAGCCCUUUUAGCUUGCCUCGACUCGACUGCAAACCUGAUCCACAUUUCUAACCUAAAUCCCAAGAUCACCUCCAAAUUCCAAGACCAUCUCUACAUUUAACUUCUUCUAGGUCUAGUGCUGGCACUAACUCUGUAUCCUAAUUCAUCAGUUCAUCAAUAUGCUUUGGUCAGCAAACAUGACUUGGUUUAAGCAAUAGUUUUAAGUGCUUGUUUCCAGGUUGCCUAGGCUGUGUUCUUAAUGAGAUGUUGGUACAUCUGUAGAUAAACGUUUGGAUACUCAGUGUUGCAGUGUGCAGAUGUUGGGUUAUUUAUAUUGAAAACUGAAUGGUUAAAACUGAGUAUGAUUAGCUCACAGUGGAAGAUGUUAGGUGCACUGAGAUUUUUGCUGUUUAGGAAGAAGAUGAGUUGGGGUUCUUGACUCGCCAAAAUCCACAUGACCCAAUGAACCACCAGUCCUGGGGCUUCCUAAACCCCAAAAAACAAUUUUCUUCCAAGUUCUCUCUUAUUCUCCGUCACCUGGCCUUUGAUUUUUGAUGUUUUCUUGGUCUGCCCAUGAGUUAGGGGAUGCUCACCAUGAUAAUGUGAAACAUUUGGCUCCCAGGGACAGUAUUGCCUAGAAAUGGUUUGUUAAACCCUAAUUAUUUGUUUGGCUUUAUUUUGAAAUGAGCUUUCCCUGUCCGUAAUGUCCACUUUGAUCUGGGAGUUCCAAGUAGCAUGUAGUCCACUCCGCUUGGCUUCUUCAUUUUACAAAUACUACAGUACAACAUAUACUCUUGCCUCUAACGGUGCCUAAGGGACAUGCCGAUCUGACACGAUGCAAACUUUGUCACAUUCUAUAAUACACUUGAAUUUUAGUAACAAACUCUGACAAGCGAUAUAGCUGUAGAAGGUAAACCGUAUACGUUGCUUUCUGUGAGAUUGUGACGUUAUCAGCUGUGUGUGUUAGAGUAGAAAAGACUACACUGUAUAUUCCUCACAUAGAGAGCAAAAUACCUGUUUAAAAUGAGCAGAGUAUUGAAUCGCUGGUGCAACCUCACAGUUCCACCAUUGAUUUGGGAGCCUACCUGCCUGGGUUAGAUGUGUUAAUGGAAAGUCUAAUCUAGUCCUCUCCCGUCAGAUAUCUGGCCCUGCCCAUGCGGAAUAGGAAAACAGGCUGGAGUUGACCAGUGGGUGAUUCUGCUUUGUCUCAUUAUUUGGUGGGUCAAAAGAUGCCCAUCAAGCUUGCUAUAGUUGCUCUGUUUAAUUCUCACAGGAGAAAUUGAGGUGUGUAUGAAAUAUUCCACAUAUUAUUCCCACAUAGAUAACCAGGAGUAGAAUAUAAAUACAGAAUUGAAAUCAUAUUGAAGAGAAUGGGUCAAUGUCUCCACAAAAUUGAAAGAGAAAUGUCCGGUUGUUAAUUCAAGGGCAACAUACAAAAGUACAAUCUGUACAGUUCCUCUGAUUUUAGGAAUCUGUGGCAAAUGGGUGAUUGUAAACUGAGUGAAAAUAUAUGAUUUCAACUGAAUGUGUGGAGAUCACAGUCUCACAUUGUGAAUACCAGACCCAGAGAAGAGAGCCUUAUAUAAACUUAGUUUAACAAAUAUUGGACUGGUUACGAAACAUGUAUAAGGUUUGAUAUAUAACCUUGUAGUUUAGACUUUUUUGGCGUUAUAUUCAGCCAUUUAAUGCUGAGGAGCUUCAAAAGUAUUGCUCAUGAUAUUAGGGAGCAAAGUUAUUUUUGACUAUCCUUUUAACCAGGUAAGGCUUCCUUUAAAAUAUGCCAUAGGAAUGGGUUCAAUGUUUUCCCACAACAUGGCAAAGGUUUCAUUUUGAGGUUUAUUAUUCUCCAGUUUGUUUCUGAUACUUUGGGAGCUGCAUUUCAAGUUUUCUGUGAUGGUGCUGCAUGUGAAAUUUGAUCAUCUGAGUCCCAUUAAAAUUUUUAAAUAUCCUUAUAUCCUGCUAAAUAUUGGACAGAGGAGCCAACAGUAUUUCAACAAUAAUACAUUUCCACAAGUGACUGAUUAUAGAAAAGGUACAUAAUUUUUCUAUUGUAGAUGUUAUUGAAAUGAUAGAAUAAAAGCUCUUUAUAUUAACCAGAUGUGGCCCAAGCCAGGGGCCUUGCUUGGCUUGAAUGAACUGUGAGUCCUGUUGUCACCCUGAUUUUAAUUUAAAAUAAAAACAGAACAUUCUGGAAAAAAGCCCAACAUCUGUAUCUCUUGCUGUCUGAGCUUUUCUAGCAUUUUCUGUUUUCAUUUCAGAUGUCCAGCCUCUGCAGUUUUACUGAAUUUCAUUGACUAAUUUUACAAGCUCAUCUUCAAGCUGCAUUGUAAAGAAAUUCUUGCACUUCACAGUGUGUCCUGCUUCAAUUCAAAUAGAACCUCAAACAGUAUAAGUCCUCAUCUCCUUCAGUCUUGGCUUCGUCCCACCAGUAACAAAGCUUGGCACCAUCUAAUUAUCACCUUUAGAUUUGUUGUGUCCUUUCUUCAAGCUGCUUCUGGUGAUCUCAAUAUUAACAGAUUAAGAUGACAAAUAAUACACAUUUGCUAAUUACAUAUGAAAGUCUGAAGAGGGUCAUUCAGGAUAAGGAGCAGAAUCAGGACAUGAACUGUGCACCAGAGGUCAGUCUCAGCCAGAUACAGUGAGUACACUCAGAGAUUAGUCUCAUCUCAAAUACAACCCACCUAAAGUCAGUCUCAACCCAUACACAUUACACCCAGAAAUCAACCUGAGACCAGAUGCAGCCUACACCACCAGUGACCUGCAUGCACCAAGGUAUCAGUCUUAAACAAACUGAAUUAAUUUGUUAAUUUAUUUGAGGUGGUGAUGCCAUCUGACAAUUUGCAAUGAGCAGCCUUAGUUAAAUUACUGUCAGUGAUGCUAUUUGUGAUUUAAUUCACUGAAUAAGUAACAUCAGAUGAUCAUAAAUUACAGACUUAUUGCAGUGUCUGUGUUGGAAUCACAGCAUGAGUGGUACAGUACCCCAGAAAUACCAUUUUACCACACAUGCAGCAUCAGAAAUGGGUUGUUGUUAUUUUUAUAGGGAAAGUAGGCACAUUUCUAAAAGUGUUCACAUGGCAACCAAUGCAGAAAUGAUUUAGAGUGUGGGUGGUUUGAAGUGGGUAUGCAUAUAAAGAGUUGAAGUGUCUUUAUGAACAAUGAAAUGAAAGGGUUCUCACGCCCAUAUAGUCACCUCUGUGAAAUCUCAGUAAAGUGAGGGAUGCAUUGCAGAUUGUUUCUGAGUCAAGGCCCCACCAGUUAAUGUGCAUUCUUUGCGAAGUUUCUGAUAUCGUGAAAUCAGAAGGUCAUUGAUAUUUAGCACUUGUGAUAAUUAUGUGGCUAAUAACCAAUAUAAUGAAAUGGCAACUCUGUGGAUGUAAGUGUUGUAUGGAUUAAGUGUUUUUUACCUGGUUGAUGUAUAUGUGCACAUGGGAAAUGGUUGCUGUGUUGUAUUUCUUAACCAAACCUUAAAUAAAGUUGUAUAUAUUUAAAUAAAUAUGUAUUUGUUUGUUAAU